AUGGUGGUGUCCGCAAGAGUGGAUUAUGCCGCUGCGUCUAUCAUGUUUCCUUCCAAAGGGAUGCAAGCACUGAGUUUCCUGAUUUACAUUUUGGGGGUAUCGAUCCUCUCACAUUGCUUAUCGCGCCGUUUGGCUGCGGAAGAAUGGACAUCUUGGAACUCAAUUAAGGAGAUGACCUGGGCGCGAGUCUGCAUUCUACUCAUUUUCCUCGACUCGUGGUUGUUCCUCUUCGCUAGCGGUAUCCUCACAUUCGGGGUGGGCUUGGAGAGUAAAGAGAUCGUUUGCGAAUUAGCCAUCUAUCUGUGUAUCAUCUUCUAUGCGACGUCGAAACUCCUUAUCUACUCUUUUUUGGUCGAAAAAGUGUACCUUGUCUGGAGUCCGACAGUUUCCAGCCCCCAGAGAUUGAAGUCUCCUAUCUACUUGGGCUGUGUCGCCAUGAUUACGGUAUACGCAGGAGUUAUUGCCACGAUGUUUGCAGGCAAGAUCUUUUUCCUAAGAGAGUCCGAUGGAGUCUGCAUCAUUGGUCUUCAACAAUAUUCCUCGCUCGCAUUGGUGGUAUAUGAUUUAAUUAUCAAUAUCGUUUUGACCCUCCUGUUCCUCUGGCCCGUGUUCAAGGUCAAUUUGGUGAACCCUCGUCUCAAAUCGGUGGCCACACGCACUAUGUUGGCUUCAGCUGUCGCGCUCACGACGUCCACUGUCAACAUGCUAGUUCUAGCACUGCUCAAAGGACAUGAAAAUGGAUGGAUCUGCUUAGGAUCCUGUGGUGCCGACGUCAUUUUCAAUGCUCUAGCUAUUUUCUGGGUAACAAAACGAAGGAGUCAAACCUAUAAUUACCCCAGCUCCAUCGGACCAGGUGUCAACGCCGUUCGUGAAAGUAGACGUCCUCCAGAGGUCAAGAUGCAUGGCGAAACCCCGAAUGAUUUUGUGGUCAGUUCAGGGUCUCCACCGACACCUUGGCAAACUCCUACUUUCAACGUCGAUGCCCACCAGACACCCACUGUCAUCGGCCCAGCUCCCACUUCUCCAACGUCUCGCAAGCCCAAGUAUAGUCUUGCGUUCACGGCUCCCAGAGAAUCGCGUUUCGAGGACAUUGAGAUGCGUAACCAGAAGCCUUCAUUGUUUCGGUCCAUGACGGGAAUGUUCCGCAACGAGCGCCAUCCUUCAGAACACGCACUUCAGGUUACAGUCACCACGAUGAUUACCGACGAUGUUGAAGCUGGAAACGAGGUUAAACUUUCGUCUAAUGAAGAAUCCGAAUCCCAUGUUGACAGAAAAUGA